CUCUAUUCGUCCACACGCGCCAUCUGCUCUGAACCUUUGCGAUACUCCGUCUACGACUCGAUAGACCUACGCGACCGCCGAAAAUCGAACGAAAAGUCUUGCGCCGACUGUGCAUCACACCGCGACAGGCCGAAAAGUUAAAAUCGAGACGCGUCGCGCGUGUCGCUGCCAGUCAACACUGACGCAUCUGCUUGCUGGGCCUACCCACCGCAACACCACAACACCAUGUUUUAUUCCGAAACUCUUCUGUCAAAGACGGGUCCGCUCGCCCGUGUUUGGUUGGCCGCCAACAUCGAGCGCAAAUUGACCAAGAACAACAUCCUGCAAUCAGACAUUGGAAGCAGUGUCCACACCAUCAUCAAGAAUGAUCAUGCUCCUAUCGCUCUGCGCCUCAGCGGUCAGCUUCUGCUCGGUGUCGUCCGUAUCUACAGCAGAAAGGCUAGAUACCUGCUAGACGACUGCAAUGAAGCUCUCAUGAAGAUCAAGCUCGCCUUCCGUCCUGGAAAUGUCGACCUUCCCUCCAACCAAUCGCAUACAGCAAACCCUGCCGCCCUCGUGCUUCCCGACACAAUCACCGAAUUGGAUCUCUUUGCACCAAUGCCCGAUCUCGACGAGCUACUACUCGACAGCACCCCUGGACCUGGUCAAGAUCCCACUCUUCUGGACUGGGGCACUAGUCAACUUCUCCCCGAGAGCAUGGACACUCGUGGAGAUGCCGAUAGAACUCUACAGCUUGAGGAUGAUGAUCUCGGUCUGGACAUUGGCGAAGACAUUACCGAAAGAAGCCCUGAAAUUGGUAGACGCGCCGAGACACCGCGCCCAGAAUUUAACGAUCGAAGCAUGCUCUUCCAGGAUGACUUGGAUCUGGACAUUGGUGAUACCGAGGCCACCAUCGAGAAGGACGUUCCCAUGGCUCCUUUGCCUAUGGAUGAUGACAUCGAGAUGGGCGGUCUCGAUCUCCAAAUCGAAGAGAGCAACCUCGAUGCUUUGAACCGCGCAGAUGUCCGUCGUGAGCGUGAUAGUGUCUCGCCUCUUUCGUCUGUUCGUUCCAGUGUCGAGCGUGAUCUUGAGCAGACCUUCCAGCUCGAACAGCACCCCACCGAAAUUGAGCAAGACGAGACCAUGAUCCAGGCACAGCAGCGUGCCAAGCGCCGCAAGGUUCUUCCUGCUGACCUCAACACCGAACUGCAAAACUCCCAGAUCCGCGCUCAACAAGAGGACCGCAGCAAGAUUCUCAAGGCUCCCGUUUUCCUUCCCAGAGAUCCUGUCCUCCUUGCACUCAUGGAGAUGCAAAAGAACGGCGGUUUCGUCUCCAAUAUUCUGGGUGACGGUCGUAGCAUGGGCUGGGCACCCGAGCUGAGAGGCGUUCUCUCCCUCGAGGUCGUACGCACAGCCGGUGAGCUCAAGCGUAAGAGAGAUAGUGGUCUUCCCCAAAUCGAGAUUCCCGAGGAGGAAGAGGAGGCCAAUGCUCCUGAGGCUGCCACUUCACCUGCACCUGAGGCUUUCCAAGAGCCCACGCUCGGUGCUGAUGACUUCGCUCCUGCAUUUGGUGGUGAUGACUUGCCUUCAAUCAUUGAGCCUGCUCCAGAGGAUGAGAUGGAAGCUUACUCUCCGGCACCUGCUUUCGAUGAGACUACUAUGCCCGUUCUUCACCCUGCCGACUCUGGACCUGUUUCACUCGGCACCAAGCACGCCGUUCAUCUUUUGCGUGAACGUUUCUCAGACGAAUCUGGUGAGCCACCAUCACCCUCAACCCGCGCUCAACGCAGUGUCCUCUUUACCGACUUCUGCCCCGAAGAGCGCACGAGCAAGCAAGACGCCACCAAGAUGUUCUUCGAGGUCCUCGUUCUCGGUACAAAGGACGCCGUGAAAGUGGAGCAAAGCUCGGACGAGCUUGGUGCUCCCCUCCGCAUCCGUGGAAAGAGAGGUCUCUGGGGCGAUUGGGCAGAGAUGGGUGCCGGCGGCGAGAUUGCAAGCCAGCGUCCCGAGGUUGCUGUCACGAUUUGAUGGCCUAUUCUAUCUUACGUUGCGACGUCCUGAAGUGAUUUCCAAGCGUUUUGAUGGUUUGGCGUUGAUGGCGUUCCCAAGGGUAUAAUCGAUUUUGAUGGCUUGAUUUGCAAAAGGCACGGGGAUCUUAUCAUGCUUGUUGAGCGAGCAUUGAUACGCGUAGUAUGCGCAGCUAUUAGGGCAGUGCAGGGCUACUCGGAGCCUAGUUUCUUGGUUUCUUGAUGGCCUUCUUUGCAAUUCGCAGCCCUUGUCCAUCGAUAGCAUGCGGCAGAGUUAUAGGGCACCCUUUUUCAUUAGUUUAGCUGUCAAGUUAGAGUAGAAAGUUUAACCAAGUCCAGUUUGGCACCAAACACUUUGCGGCGUGCGCGGAAGACGGAAGCCACCCGCUCCGUACCUGCAGCUUCUUAAUUUUGAGCACACUUG